GAGGAAAUGGCUUCCUGGUGGUUGGCUUGCACUUUGGCCUGCCUUUGUAUUCAGAUAGGCAUAUCUCAUGCCCAAGCACCCGCAACUGCACCUUCUAGCCCUGUCACUGCGGCGGUGCCUGCAGCCACAACUACUCCUAUAUCUUCACCAUCUCCUAGACCACCACCGGCGGCUUCAAGCCCAAGUGUUUCACCACCCACACAGACCCCACCGCCACCGGUCGCUGCUCCUCCAAAACCACCAGCCCCAGCUUUACCUCCAGCUAUAGCACCCGCUCUACCUCCACCACCACAGGUCACGCCUCCACCAGCACCGGCUUCACCUCCACCUGUACCUCCACCAACAAAGCCACCAGCGCCAGCUCCAGCUAAGAAAGCACCACUACCGGCACCGGUGCCCUCACCGACAAAACAGCCACCAGCACCAGCACCAGUUAAGAAGACACCUGCGCCAGCACCAGCACCAGUACUGGUUCCUUCACCUGCACCUGCUCCCACAAAGCACAAGAGGCACAAGCACAAGCACAAGAAGCAUCAUCAUGCACCAGCGCCAGCACCAACUGUACCAAGUCCCCCAGCACCACCUGCCACUCCGGAUCCUGACGAUCAAACGGCAUUGGCACCGGCACCUGAUUCCAACCUGAAUGGAGGUAUCGGAACCUUUGAGCACGGAGGACUACUUGGGUGGGUGAGGAUUGGCAUAGCUGUUCUUGCUCCCCUGGCAAUUAUGGGCUAGAUUGCUUUAUUUAUUUAUUUGUUUUUUGUUGAAAUCCUUUUCCAUAAGAUUCUUUCAUUUACUGAGCAGAGGUACAUAUUUAAGUUGUGCGGAUUUAUGGUUUUGAGACCUUUGUUGAGUUUGUAAACUUUCUCCACUACAACACCAUGAAUUUUGAGGCCUACUUUCUAGCUUACCCACAAAAAAAAAA